UGCCUCGCCCACUCCUGACAGCAAAAUUGAUAUAUUUGCAUGACUUUUUAAAGAUUAAAAAUAUACCUGUGGCAUGUCAGUUAUGCACCGAGGAAAACGCAACGUCCUGGGACCUGGGUCGAAUUCAUGCAAUUGCGUGAACUUAAAUGCCCCCAGAUCGCAUUGCUGGACCCAACAUGAAGGCUGAAGAUCAUGCUUGGCCAUAUCUUGAGAAUGAUCCAAAGGGCAUCUUGAGCUGGGAAAAACAUCAAACUGUCUGUAUAUCAGUCACAUAAACAAUGUUUCUUAUUUGAUUUGUGAUCUAGGCCUAUAAGUAACACACAAUAUUAAAUAUUUCUAAUUAUUUUAAUUAUUAUUAUUAUUAUUAUUAUUUUUUAAGAAUUGAUUCAAACAUUUUAAACUCAUCCUCGAGAUGAACAGCUGCUUACAAUCAUUACUAAAUUGGUGUGAUUGGUAUUAAGGGAGACGUGUGACCAAACACCUAGAAAUGUACCAGUUGUCAAGCCAUCCAAAUGCUCACAAUGAUCUGGAAUUAGGAUUUAAAGCCCUCUUCAACCAGUUGAAAAUAUGGUUCCUUUCACUAAACCCAGGUCCUCGUACAUCAGAGCACUCUUCACAUUUGGCUUCAUCAUCUUUCUUUUUAUGCUGUUCCAAAACGCGAUGAUCUAUACUUCCCUCAAAACUUCUGUUGAUUCCACCAGCGGAGGUCUGUGCGCUUGUGAUAAAUGUGUCAUGGAUCUGAACGAUACUGAUUGGUUCUUCACACGGUUCAACCCCACGGUUCCAUUUCUACUGAACAGAAGAAACGGUGUGUUGCGUUCCGACGUCUACAGAUGGUGGACGGGUCUGCAAACCGAGAUCACUAAGGUUAACUUCACCGACGUGGUGGACACAUUGUUUUCUCUCUUUCCUGAUGAAGAGCACUACUCGGACGCCGGUCCAGAUCGCUGCAGAACCUGUGCUGUGGUGGGAAACUCUGGGAACUUGCUGGGAACUCAUUAUGGGCCUCUCAUAGAUCUUCAUGACCUUGUCAUAAGGAUAAACAAGGGUCCAACAGAAGGUUAUGAGAAGGAUGUGGGCUCUAAGACCACUCACCGGAUUCUCUACCCUGAAAGCGCUGUGGAUCUAGACAACUCAACCCACCUUAUUCUUCUGCCCUUUAAGAUCAAAGACAUGCGCUGGCUCAUCAGUGCCUUCACCACUAAACACAUCACACGCACCUAUUUUAGAGUGAGACCUACAGUAAACGCUAACAGAGACAAGGUGAUGAUCAUCCAUCCUGAAUUCAUUAAAUAUGUCUAUGAGAGCUGGCUGCAGAAACAUGGCAAAUACCCAUCAAGUGGAUUCAUUACACUGAUAUUCGCUCUGCACAUCUGUGAUCAGGUCAAUGUUUUUGGGUUUGGAGCUAAAAGUGACGGGACGUGGCAUCAUUAUUUUGACAGAAGCUUGACUCACUUUAGCAGAGGCAGUCACGGCGGAGACUUUGAAAAUAAGACCAUGAAUGAGCUUCUUUUGUUGAACAAGAUUUCUAUACAUAAAGGGUGGUAAUAACCAUUUUCUCAUUGUGUCCCUGGAACAGGCUUUUAAUGAAACCCUUUUGAAAAGCCUACAUUUUCAAAGCAGAAUUAUUUGUGAAUAUUUAUGUAUUUAUUCACCUGUAUAUAACCAAGAAAAAUAAGACAUUAUUAUUUCUAAUAGCAUAUUGUCCUAAUGGGGAAUGUGGAACAAUAAAGAUUAAAUUAAACGGAUUAAACUGAGGCAAAUGUACAAAAAUGAAUGGUAUGCAAACAAUGCUUUCACAAAGAAAACUAAAUGUAUACUUUAAUAGUAUUAUGUACAGUUGUGCAUUUAAGUUAAAUACUAAAGUAAUUUUCACAUUGAACAUCAACUGCAAUCUUAUCAAAUUUCACAUUAUCACAUGACUAAAUAUUCUCACGUGACACUUACAUUACAUCUCUGUAUUUAUAUGAAAAUGCGAAGUCUUGGUUAUUCACACUGAAGUAAGAGUAUUUCAAAAUUGGUGUGAAUACUGUGAACAUAACCCAUGCAAAUGCAAGAAACAAUUAUGGGUCUUACGCAAGUGCAAAGAAGGCAAAAAAGCUCUCAGACAAAACCAUGACAGCUACACAAAGGGUCGCUGUCGUCAUAAAUACUUGUCUGUGCAGAAUUCUUUGCCUUGCAUUUGUCGGAGUAAUAAAUUACACAGUAACUUACGA